AUGCAACUUGUGGUACAAACUAUAGUCUGCGAUGCUGGCGUAUUUUUGAGCAGGUGAAAGCAGCCUUGUUUAUAUUCGUAUCCCUGUGGCCACCAUGUACAAUGUUCAACAUAGGGAUAUUGUGGUGAGCAUGAAUAGAGGGACGAGGAAAGAAGAAGAGGAGCGAGGGGAGAAAGAAUUCUCCCAUCCUUCCUGCCCGCUUUGACUUUCCCCAACUCUUCGACGUUUUUCUCAAUAUGGCGGUUACACGAGCAGAAAGAUUCGGGCACUCAAAGAAAACGCAUGAGAAUGUAAAUUUUGAUUUGUUCUUGUGUUAAGUGUUCAGCCCCAGCUUCCUUACACUGGUGAAAGUAGCUACAGUAUCAACAUGUCUGGUGGAUAUGCCAGUAUUGGUGACCACAGUGUAACCAAUGUGGGAACAGCAACACAAAGGUGACGUAUACCAAAUAUUAUUUAUUGUUUAAUAACCGUUGCGCUACGUUCGUAGAUUAUAAGAAACUGUUCUUUAAUACUGUAAUCGCUAAAGGACCCUGCAGGUCCAUAGCAGGAGCCCAUAAAAAGGAUCGAGCAACGUCCAUGUACUUGUGUCACGACGUAUAUUUCAGAACGAUUGUGACGCGAAUUGAGAAUAUGACUCAUACAGGUCAGCUGAAAAUGUUUCUUUUUUUACCUUUAAAUGACGCUUUGUUUUCCAUAUUCAUACCUUAUAUACUUCAAAUGAAUGCGUUUUUAGAAAGAGUGCAGCUUGCAAUUUCGCGGAAAAACUGCUUUAAAAUUCCAUCUAAAGACAAGCCGGUCCGUGAAAACGCUGUAUAGUUCUUGCUCACAACCUCCGACUUAACAAUCGUAAAAAAGGGAGCUUGUCAUAACGGCUUUUAUGUAGUCACGCAUUCUGUUCACUUGCUUAUAUCUUUCAGAACUCCAAGUACUGCAGAAAGUAUCGAAUCUCCAUUUGGGUUUCCGGAGAGUAGGAGUGGUACAAACCCCGUGACUGCUAGCUCAGGAAACCCUACAGAAAGUGAAAAUAUCUCAAAUACCCCUGAAAUAACUACGGCGGUUCCUGAAGUGGGCAUUGUAGGAUCGUCCGAGCAGAUUGCAGUUGCUAGUGGUUCUCGCGGUGCAUUGUCUGGCAGUCCUGUUCCGGAGACAAAAAACUCAGGAACUCCCCCUCAAGAUUCAACCGACGUUACUACCCCUGAAAAAUCACCUGUGAGCGUUUCUGAAGCAGGCAGUGAAGGGUCUUCCGAGCAGAUUACAGUUGCGACUGGUUCUUGCGUAGCAUUGUCUAGUCCUGUUCUAGAGACAAAAAACUCAGGAAGUCUCCCUGGAAACUCAGCCGAUGUUAUCGUCUCUGAAAAAUUACCCGUGUGUGUUUCUGAAGAAGGCAGUGGGCGAUCCAUCUCGGGAAAGGAAAGUGCUGUCAAGGGUCUUGGAACAUUGUCCUACCCUGUGACUGAAAGUAAUCAUCCUAGAACUCCCACGCAAAAUUCAAGUGACGCUGCUGAUAGCCCUGGGAGAUUGCCAUAUCCGAUCCCUGAAUAA